UAAGAAACUAGUUUCCUAGCUGUUACGGAACUGAACAGGAAUUCUCACUUGUUCUUGAUGGAAAUACUUUCCUACUGAGUUUAGAAUUUAAGAAAUUGAUUUAAUUUUUUUUCCCAGUGCUAAUUAUUCCUCUUAGAACUAAAUGUGAUUCUUUUGAUGCCAGGGUCAAGGUUACAAGUAUGAGACUUGAGUAGGAGAAGUCGCCGGUUCCAAAUCUCUGGUGUGGUCAUUGGUAAAGAUAGGCCAAUAGGGAAACAAGACCCUUCUGAAUGAAUUUUGAGCUGUUUUCUUUAAAUUAUUAAUGCUCUCAUUAUAAUAGUAGAGAUGAAUAGUUGACAUAAUUAUAGAACAUUAACUGCAUCUCAUGAGCAUAUAAACAAUAUAAGUAACUUCCUUUUUAAUUAUUUUUUAGCUUUCCAUCCGGAAACUUAAUAGACGAAAUGGAAGAUCCUUACCAGCUGUUAGAAUUGUCAAGAAUGGUGGGCUUUAUUAAAUUGUUGCCCUAGUACCUUUUCUACUAUUCGAAUAAAAAUGUUAGGCAAUCAGUUUUCCAAAAAAAUAAAAAUACUAAUGCAUAAAAUUGAGCUUUUAACCAAUUUAUGGAGAUGAGACCGUGUACUUUAACACGAAGUGAUAGUUGUCUUUUGUCAUGUAGUAAUAACCUUUUAUUUUAUUUUUGUCCUUGUAUAAAGUUUUUUUAUAAAUAAAAUCGGGUCAGAUCGAACUGGAUCCAAGUCCUUAGUCUUUAUACAAUUCACGAAACAAAUUAAUUCCAUUAUGAUCCAUAUACAUUUUUUGACCGAUCCAUGUUCAUUUUUUGAGCUUAGAGACAGAAAAAACAAGGACAAAAAUAAAAUAGAAUAGAAUAAAAAAUCAGCAGUCCUGUAUAAGAUGCAUCUCAAAAUCCCAGUCAAAUAGGCCAGAGUUAAUCCAGAUUACGACUAGUUUAAUUUAUUGCAUAUCUUAUACAGAAGAAUAUCUCACUAAGCUAAUAAUUUGUUCAAGAUAAGCUAAUAAAACAACUGUUACCGUCAAUCUUGACUACUCGUCCCUCUUCCACUACAAAGGAAAUGUUGAAAAUGAGCAAGCCGGUCUCUAUCCUUACUUGACUUUUACAUUUCUCAGUUUCAGCAAGAUCCAUCCAAACAAAUGCAUUUUCACUCUAUAUAAAGAGAAGUAACGUCUUUAUGCAGUGUAGCAUUUAGUUCAGGUAUUUGCAUAACCUGAUAACCCACUUGAGUUUUAGAAAAUGGCAGAGGCUAUCAACAAUGUAUCUUCAAAGAGGAUUGCAGUAGUAACUGGAGCCAACAAAGGAAUUGGAUUGGAGAUAUGCAGGCAGCUAGCAUCCCAAGGAGUUACGGUCGUAUUAACAGCUAGAGAUGAAGGGAGAGGCACUGAAGCUGUUGAGAAACUUAAAAACUCUGAAGUUUCUGAUGUUUUGUUUCAUCAGCUUGAUGUAGCUGAUCCUGCCAGUGUUGCUUCGCUAGCAAAUUUUAUCAAGACCCAGUUUGGGAAGCUUGAUAUUUUGGUUAACAAUGCAGGAGUUGGUGGAAUGACAGGGACUCCACCUACUUUCAAAGAAGAGGAAAAUGGAUUUGAAAGAUUCAUGAAGUUAUUAGAAGUGGCAAAAGAGACUCCUGAGACAGCAGAGGAAUGCCUGAACAUAAAUUAUUAUGGUAUGAAGAGAGUAACUGAAGCUCUGAUCCCUUUUCUUCAGCAAGCAAAAGCACCCAGAAUAGUGAAUGUUACCUCUAUCUAUGGACAGCUAAGGAGUAUCCCUGGAGAGAGCAUAAAAAAAGCAAUGGGCGACGUGGAUGAGAAAACAGAAGCUAGGCUGGACGAAACGCUGCAAUCGUAUGUCAAAGAAUUGAAAGAAGGAAAACUCAACAGUGUCUGGCCGACAAAACCAACUUGUUACAUACUAUCCAAAGCAGCCAUGAAUACAUACACUAGGCUUCUAGCAAAGAGGUUUCCCUCGGCCUGCGUCAACUGUGUUGCUCCUGGUUCCAUCAAAACAGACAUAAACUACAAUACAGGGAUUUUGACCGCUGAAGAAGGUGCUAAAGGGCCUGUUAUGUUAGCUUUGCUUCCUGAUGGUGGCCCUUCUGGUCUUUUCUACGACCAAAGUGAGAUAGUUCCCUUCGAGUAAUACAAGUAGUAAUUUAUGACUCCAUCUAACAUGGAGAGAAUAGCAUCAUAUGAAAUAAAUAAAUCAGAAGCAACAUACCAUGAUGUAUACCUACAAUUAUGUUGCUGUAUAUCUUGCGAAGAUGGCCCGCAUGCUUUUCCUUCUGUUUUGUUAUUAAUGUAGUGUUGUAUUUGUGAUAUACUUCACGGUUUGUGAUUUGUAGUGUGAUAAUAAGAGAUUAUUCCU